AUGCAAAUUGAUGCCAUGCGCUACGAAGAAAACGAGAAAAUACAAAAUGCUUUUCAGAAUGACUACAUGAACGCACGUCAGCACCUUACAAACCGUCAAGAAUCCGAAAUGCAGCAAUUCCUCAACCAGCGCAAGCGUCUUCGUCAGCGUUUAAUUGACAGAAGCGCUGGAAUGAUCUACCGGCCGAUUGAACCUGAGCCAAAGCCACGUUCAAUCACAACAGGACUUCCUCCUGCCAGAGAUUCGACCAGCCGUACUACAAUGAAGACGAUAGAAAACAACAGAUUAGUUCCAAUUUCAACAUCCAAGCCAAAGAAGAAAGCCAAGAAGAAACCACAGCAAUCGCAACUUCCUAAAUUACAUCAGCAGGCUCCUGUCAAGCAGCCAAUGGUUUCAAUUGCCAUUCAAACUACUCCAAGAUCUGAUUCCGAUGAAAAGUCAAUGAUGUCGACCCAUUCAUCCAACUCCGCCAAGUCCAUAGCCUCCUCAAUUUCAUCCAAAUCGAAGAGAAGUUCGCAAUUACCAAGUCCGAUAUCUCCGGCCUCAAAGAAACCGAACAUGGAAGAAGAAUCCUUGUCCUCCUCAUUCGAAGAAGCCUCUGCCGCUGAUUCAACAAGGCCAAUGCACGGAUCAGCCAUGAUUUCCGCUGAAGCUUCUUUCGGACCAGAAAAAAGUUAUGACGGGGAAUCGAAGAAAUCCAGCAGCAGUGAUGAUGAAAAAGCGGACGAACCUCCGAAAUCCGAAGAAAAGCCAAAAGAAUUAUCAUCUCAUUCCGAAAACGACGAAAAGAAUGAAGAAAAGUCCAUCAAAAGUGCUAAAUCAUCUGAUUUCGAGUCUGACGCCGAGAAAGAGAAGGAAAAUGAGAAAUCUGAAUCCGAUAAAUCCGAAAAGGACAAAUCCGAUCAAGAAUCUUCCUCCAAGGAUGAGUCAGAAGACAAGAAAUCUGAUGACGAACAAUCAGAAACAUCCGAAACAGAAAAAUCUGAAAAAUCAGAUGAAGAAAAACCAGAAAAAGCUGAAGAAAAUCAUCAAGAAGAGGAAGAGAAGAAGGAAGAGGCCAAGGAUAAGGAUCUUGCCGAUGUUUUGAGGGAUCAUCUCGAUAAGAUGGACGAUGAUGAGAAGAAAGACGAAGAAAAACACCAAGAAGAAGAGGAAAAUAAGGAAGAAGAGCCACUUCUUGCAGGAAUCCUCAAAGACAAGCUCGAACCAAAGGAGGAAGAAGAAAAGAAGGAAAUCGAAGAAAAGAAACAAGAAGAGGAAGAAGAAAAGAAAGAUGAACCACUUCUUGACAAUCUCCUUCAAGAUGUCCUCGAUCAAAAGCACAAAGAAGAGGAAGAAGAAAAGAAAUCUGAUGAUUUCGAAGAUUCAGAGAAUAAAGAAGAAGAAAAAGAGAAAGAUUUAGGAGAUGUAUUACGAGAAGAACUCGAAGACAAGAAAUCAUCUGAUUUCGAAGACGAUGAAAAGAAAGAUUCCGAAGAAAAACCAAUUUUAGCAGGAAUUCUCCAAGACAAACUUCUUUCCAAACAAGAAGAGGAAGAAAAACCAGAAACAGAAGAAAAACACGAAGAAAAUGAAGAAAAACAAUCCGAAAAAGAAGAAAAUUCAGAAAAGAAACCAUUACUUGGUGAAUUAAUUCAAGAAAAAAUUCAGUCAAAGGAAGAAGAAGAAAAGAAAGAAGAAAAUGAUGAAGACUUCGAAGAUUUCGAUGAAGAAGACAAAGAAAAACAUGAAGAAAAUGAAGAAGAAGAAAAGAAGCCAUUAAUUGGUGAUUUAUUACAAGAGAAACUCAAAGAAAAAGAAGAGGAAGAAAAGAAGGAAGAUGAUGAUUUCGAAGAUGAAGAACCAGAACAGAAGAAAGAAGAAGAAAAAGACACAAUUUUCGAUGACAUAAAAGACAAAUUAGAAGAAAGACCUCAUGAUGACGACGAAGACUUCGAAGAUUUCGAUGAUGAAAAACAAGAAAAUCAUGAAGAAGAAGAAAAGAAAGAAAACGAAAAUGAACAGCAACCAGAAGAAAGAUCUCCUCCUUUACUUGGAAACCUUCUUCAAGAGAAACUCCUCGAACCAAACAAAGAAGAAGAAAAACAAAACGAAGAAAAUGAUGAAAAACAAAAUGAAGAAGAGGAAAAGAAAGAAGAAGAAAAACCCGAAACAGCUGGUUUGUUGUCUGGAAUAUUAAAUAAAGAUUUGAAACAAAUGGAAGAAGAAAAACCAAAGGAAGAAACAGAAGAAGAAAAGAGAGAAUUACCUCCAAAUGAAGAAGAAGAAAAGAAAGAAAAUGAUGAAGAAGAGAAACCAAAAACAACUGGUUUGUUGUCAGGAAUACUAAAUAAAGAUUUAAGUCAUUUGGAAGAUGAAAAGAAAGAAGAAGAAAAACCAAAAGAAGAAGAAAAGAAAGAAAACAAUGAUGAAGAUGAUUUCGAAGAUGAUGAAGAACCAGAACAAAAGAAAGAUGAAGAAGAAAAACCAAAGACAAAUGGUUUAUUAUCAGGAAUAUUAAACAGACAAUUACCUCCAAUGGAAGACGAAAAAACUAAAGAAUCAGAAGAAGAAGAAAAUAAGAAAGAGGAAGAAUCAACUCCUUUCUUAGAUAAUUUACUUAAAGACAAAGAAAAUGAUCAUAAAGAAGAAGAGGAAAAGAAAGAAUCAGAAGAUUUCGAAGAUGAUGAAGAAGAAAAACCUAAAACAAAUGGUUUAUUAUCAGGAAUAUUAAACAGAGAAUUUAAACCUAAAGAAGAAAACAAUGAAAAUGAAAAUGAUUUCGAAGAAUCAGAGAAGAAAGAUGAAGAAGAAAAACCAAAGAACACAGGACUUUUGUCUGAAUUAUUAACAAAGGAAUCAGUAGAAAAGAAUAAAGAGGAAGAAGAUUCUUUACCUAAAGAUGAAGAAGAAAAGAAAGAAUCAGAUGAUUUCGAAGAUGAUGAAGAAAAACCAAAAACAAAUGGUUUAUUAUCAGGAAUUUUAAACAGAGAAUUUAAACCUAAAGAAGAGGAAGAAGAUAAGAAAGAAACUGAACAAGAAGAGAAACCAAAACCAAAUCUUUUUGGUGGAUUCUUAAACAGACAAUUACCUCCAAUGGAAGAUGAAAACAAACAAGAAGAAGAAAAGCCAAAACCUGCUUUGUUUGGUGGAAAUUUGAAGAAACAAUUACCUCCAAUGGAUGAUAAACCAAAAGAAGAAGAACAAAAGCCAAAGCAAUCAGUUCUCAAACGUCAGUUACCUCCAAUGGAAGAUGACAAACCAAAGGAGGAAGAAAAACCUAAACCAGCUUUGUUUGGCGGAAUUUUGAAGAAACAAUUGCCUCCAAUGGAAGAAACAAAGCCAAAGGAAGAAGAAGAAGAAAAGAAACCAUUGUUAUCAAACUUGUUGAAUGACGAAAACAAACCAGAAGAAAGAGAUUUCAAACAAGAAGAAACACAUGAAGAAGAAGAAGAAAAGGAAGAGAAAACAAAUCUUCUUUCAACUUUGUUAUCGAAGAAUGAUGACAAAGACGAAGAAGAAGAGAAGAAAGAUGAUGAUGAAUCAAUAAAUGAUGAAGAUUUCGAUGAAGAAAUCAAUAAAGAAGAAGAAAAGAAAGGAUCUCUUCUCGACAAACUCCUUACUAAACCAGAAGAAGAAGAGGAAGAUUCACUUGAACCAAAAGAAAGAGAAAUCAAAGAAGAACCUCCAAAAGGAUUAAUCUCUUCAAUGUUUGGCAAAUACAACAAGAAAGAAAAAGAACCCGAAGAAGAAGAAAACAAAAAGAUUCUAACUCGUGAUUUCAAACCAUCAGAAGAAGAAGACGAAAACGAUGAUGAAAAUGAUGAAAAAGAAGAAGAAACUAAAGAAGAGGAAGAAGAGGAAGAAGAUAAAAAAGAGGAGGAAGAAGAAGAAACUAAAGAAGAUGAAGAGGAGGAAGAAGAUAAAGAUGAUGACGAAGACUUCGAUGAUGAUGAAACUGAAGAAGAGGAAGAGGAAAAGCCAAAGAAAAAGAAGAAAUCUCUUUUGAACAAGAAGAAAGGAAAUAAAAAGAAAGAGAAAGCCGAAGAAGAGGAAGAUGAUGACAAAUUAAAUUCUGAAGAUGAUGAUAUCCUCUCCGCUGAUGAUUUCGAUGACGAUGAAGAAGAUGAUGAUGAAAAUUAA